UGUUGUCACUUUAAUGUCAAUGUCAGAUUGAAUGUUGAAUUUGUUGAAUCCUUGUUUGUUGUUGUUCAAAUCCUAGAAAUCUUUUACAUGAAUAUUAGUUACAACUUAAAGGGAAUAUAUUAAACAAAACUUACAUUACUAAGUGCAGAAGUAAUAAACCGUAAUGAGUGCAAUAUUCAACUUCCAGAGUUUAUUGUCGGUAAUACUGCUUCUAAUAUGUACUUGUGCCUAUUUAAGAUCAUUUUUCCCUAGUAUAAUGGAUCGCAAUAAAACUGGACUCACUGGAACAUUCUGGAAAUGUGCAAGAAUAGGUGAAAGGAAAUCUCCCUAUGUGGCUGUGUGCUGCAUUCUAAUGGCAUUCUCUAUACUUUUCCUCACAUAAUCUUAAAAAAUUCCAUUGUAAAUAUAGUUAAAACUUAUUUAAUAAUAACAGAGUAAUGUAGUAAUCACAUGCCAGUCUUAUAUUUUCUUUCUAAUAUAAGUUCACGAGUCUUUCACUUGCUUGCAUGACACGCUUCGCGCAUACGCAAAGAUCUGUCGCAUACGCGCAGGCAGGACUGUUUACGAUUCGCUCGCUUGCGCCAGCCUCUUGCUUUGCGUUGGAUUUCUUUACGUUGCGUGAGUUUGAUAUCUAUCAAGCUUGAUAUUUCCACGCAAGCAACAGGACUUGCGGAGGACAGCACCACUGGCCAAUCACAGAGCAGCAGCGUCCACGAGUCCACUACAACCAAUUGAAAAGGCAAAACGCCGCGCAUGCGCACAAGUCUCCGCCACGCAAAGCGAAAGACUCGUGAACGCCUUUGCGCCGAUGGAAGAUUUCUAUGCUGUGUACCCAGCCAAAGCAAGCAAGUGAAAGACUCGUUUAAUAAGGCGUUUUCUAGUAUUGGAGCUCCAAUUUUACAAAAAAAACUAUGAAUACUUUUUUGUUACCAAAAAUAUACUUCCCAAUGCAAACACAAUGUUGUUCUAAAGAAAGGACUUUGUAUUGCUUUUAUAAGUCAUAAACUUGCUUAUAGUUCAUUUCACAUAGCAUGAUUCCGGUGAAGUUUGACAUUUGUAGUUUCUAGAGAUGUAAUUAUGUAAGAUUGAAUGACAAAAAAUCUAUUUAAAUAUCUUAUUGAGGUAAUUUGUAACGAAAAAAGAAUCGAUUAACUGAACAUAAUGUAAGAACAAGUAUUGAACAAAAUAGAAAGGAUUCAAUUAUUAUGUUAUUAGGUCAACAAUUACUCCAAAAACAUCAAGCAAAGCUCAAAACAAAAGAAAACGACCCACAUACAAGGUAGUUGCAUUCGUAUUUAUAUGUAUGCACUCGUAUUGACGCGAAAUACACAACAGUCAAUUCGAUUUAUCGAUUUUAAGGUGUAAAUCUCUAUGGAUAAAAUAUUCUGUUUUGUGCAUCAAGUAAUCGGGGCAAUUUAUUUUUAUCUUUAUCAUUUCAUUUUCUUUCUACUUAAUACACUGCAAUUUUUAUCUCAAAUUACAACUGCACCAAAUAUUGCUUGUCUGCACAUUAUGACAAAUGUACUAUUUCUUUUUUGUAACCUGGUUGAGGGAUUAGUUAAAAAUAGUAUGUGUGCAACGUAAAAAUUGGAAAUGUCACUCAUCCUAUGUGAAAUGGACUACAGUAUGUUACAAUUAGCUAGUAGACAAUAAGCAAGGAGGGGUAUACCGGAGAUGGAAUAAUAAGAUC